GCCGCCGCCGGCGGGCCGCCCCGCUCCAUGGCGACCCCCAGCCCCUGCAUCGUGAUUGGCGAUGAUGAACAAGGUUACGACCUGGACUUGUUCUGCAUACCUAAACAUUAUGCAGAUGAUUUGGAAAAAGUCUAUAUUCCUCAUGGGCUCAUCAUGGACAGGACGGAGAGACUGGCACGAGAAAUUAUGAAGGGCAUGGGAGGACACCACAUUGUAGCACUCUGUGUACUCAAGGGUGGCUAUAAAUUUUUUGCUGAUUUAUUAGACUACAUCAAAGCACUGAACAGAAACAGUGACAAAUCAAUCCCCAUGACUGUCGACUUCAUUAGGUUGAAGAGUUAUUGUAACGAUCAGUCAACUGGAGAUAUAAAAGUCAUUGGUGGGGAUGACCUCUCAACUUUGACUGGAAAGAAUGUUUUGAUUGUAGAAGAUAUAAUUGACACUGGUAAAACAAUGAAAACGUUGCUGUCUCUACUUAAGCAGUACAAUCCAAAGAUGGUGAAAGUAGCCAGUUUGUUGGUAAAAAGAACUCCUCGAAGUGUGGGAUAUCGGCCAGACUUUGUUGGAUUUGAAGUGCCAGACAAAUUUGUUGUGGGAUACGCCCUAGAUUACAAUGAAUACUUUAGAGAUUUGAACCAUAUCUGUGUGAUCAGCGAGACGGGGAAGCAGAAGUACAAAGCAUGAAAGCAUAGUUCAAGUGCUACAACAACAGAGCUUUGAAAUGUUUUGUUUACCGAGUCCUAUCUUUCACAGGCUUCAACUCUGGUACACCAGCUAAAAUUGUAGAAUGCCCCAGCCCCAUUGUCAUAUGCUUACUAUAAUUUAUUGCAUGUACAAUAUAAGAUCUCGUCUUGUUCAUUUAUAUUUUAGAAAUGUAAACAACUAGUGCAAUUCUGCACUCCUUAUUUUGAUUUGCACUAUGACUCUACCGACUAUUGCUGCCCCUGGUUGGGUUGUGCUGUUUGUGAGCUCCAGAGUCUAACUCUUGCAGUGGUAAAUUGCUUAAACCUCAUCAACCCAGAACUGAAAUAGUUCAAGUACUGUAAAUGUAAAACAUUUUAUGAUAGGGAAGUCUAUUAGUAAUAUUUUUAAAAUCUGUAAUUUAAGUUUUAUAUUUUAAUGCACAAAUGUGAUUGUGAUUAAUGGAUAGUUGCACCUUUGGGUGUUAUAAAGCAUGAGGAGCAGCCAGUUACAGUAUCUGUAAUCUCCGGGGAGCUCAUUCAGAUCUCCUGGAGUUGCCUUAUGGCUGUAAAGGAAGUCUGGGUGAAAAAUAUCUUUUUUUCUUUGUUUGUUUUUAUUUUUUAAAGGAGAUGGAAUGACAAAACAGAAUGUUUAAAAUCUAGUUUUAGUUGAGCUGCCUGUUUCUGUUAGAUUUUUUUUUUUCUUCAGAAAUAUCCAUCAGCCAGUGGAAUUGCCUUUUAAAUUUAAACAAUUUUAAUAUAUUUCUGAAAAAGUAUUGUAAUGUUUACUUUAUAAGAUCUACAAAACAAAGUACUUUAAAUAAAGGCUGUCUCUUUAAAAUAAGCCCCAUAAAUCUAUGCCACUCAUUCUGUAUAUUAAAGUGCUCUUGAAAUUUUCUUCUUGGUAAUAUUUUUCAUAAGUGUUUCUGACAGUGAAGGCAGACUCUACAUUUGUUAUCUUUGUAGAGCUUUUGGUUAACAUUAUCCUAUCUACAAGAGAGAUUAUGAAGUGCUGAAGGAAGAUACUGAAACACUUGCAUAUUCUAUAACCAAACUAGAUUUCAGAGAAAAUGGUUUAAGCACUGUCCUUUGUUCUGUUUUGGCAAAAAUGAAGAGUGGAGAUUAUAUGUUCAUUAAAUGUAUACACAUGGGAAUAAAAAAAAACCCCACAACCAUUUUGUAAGUAAUCAUUUGGGUUUGUUUCUUUAACACCUGUGUUUGUGUCAAGUUUAAUUCUAAACAUGGCAGCCCAUCUCACACCUCAUCCUUGUGCUGUGCUUUUCAGUCCCUUAGCUUACACAGCUCCUGUGCUUCUGCGCAUGGAUUCUUCCACGGUAUGCUCAGAUUUAACAGUGCUCAGCACUUAAUACGUAAUGAAGUUUUUGCCAGCCUGUUUUGACAGACUUUUCUGUGGUUUUGAAGUUUGGGUCGUGUUUCUGUAUUUUUCCAAGUACUGCACAUAGUUGUCUAUCCGUGGCGUGCUCAGUUAAAACUGUAGUAGUUAGUAGCAGACCUAAAAUAUUAGUAACUUCCACAAUGUAAUUUAGAUCAAAUGACCACAAUGUGUAGGAGACCUACUUGUAAAUCAGAAUUCUCAUUAACAAUGUUAGAACACUGGUUGUGAUUAUACUAUACUUUUGCAAUGUUACAGUUAAUGUUCCAAAGAGCUUUUUUUCUAAAUGCACUACAAAGACUGAUUGUAUUUCUCAAUGUCCUAAAUAGUGUUUGCAUAUAUGCCUUUUCGAGAGCCUGUACUGUCCCUGGGAUGACUUAUUGCGAAAAUACAUGCUGCAUCUCCAAGAAGAGGAAGCGCAAAAGCAACAUAGAAAAAUACAAACCUGCUUGAGAUUAUGCCACGUUUUCGCUAGUUCUGGUUGAGCUUAAGGUCUAAUCUUAAAAAGUAGUGGUUUUCUCAACCUUCUUAAUAGUUCCUACUUCACAAUGUGUUCUGAAAUAAUUAGUGGCAGCUGGAGAUUACACUCAAAAGGUGGCUUAAAAGUACUUAUUUACACAUGAAAACAAUGAGAACUGAUGAUGUUCAGUAUCUUUUAGGACUAAACCCUUAAAUUAGUUUGUCCUGAAAUGUUUUCCUGUCUUGGUUAAGAUGGUUAUUCAAAUGCUGUGAUUUCGGAAAGGGAGGAGAGGUUGAGUUAGUCACAACAAGGGGUUUACUUCUAAACCGUAACUGGAGCGGGGAAAUUACUGGUCUGUCAGGGGUAGGAGUUGCAACAGCGUGGACAUGUGCACGUGGUGUAGUCACAAAAGAGGUUUGGGAAGAUGCUCUUGAGCUGCACUGACCCCAGGAGCGAUGCUACAGGAUCCCAGGUCUGCCUUCUAACAAACCUCCCCUGUGUCUGGUGGAAAAGGUCAAUAUUUAAAAAAACCCACCAUACUGAAUGUUCCCACAUUUCAAAUGCUGGGGAACAGGCACUUUUUUUUUUUUGCAAUUCCUUCACAUGGGUGCUUGUCAGAUGAAGUUUAUCGCCCCAGAGGGAUUCAUCAUUCAAAAGCUUUUGUUAACUCGCUGUGAAAAUUGUUCAGAGAAAAAGUUGUCCGCUCUCUCACCCUUGCUAGAGCAGUUCUAACAUACUGCAACCUUUUACGGCACCUGUGCGUGCACUACAGGAAGAUAAAUUCUCACUUGAAAACAGUUGAAAAUGCAAUCGUUACUUUUUAUUCAGUAAUUUUGGUUAAAAGACUGAGGUUUUAAUCACACCUUCGUAAGUUAAAUGCGAACUUUAUGCAACCCAGACAUACGUUGUUAAAACAUUAUGAAAGCACAGAGAAAAUCUUGUGUUUCAACAUUUAUGUGGCAUUUGAAAUUCAUUAUAGUUCCACAUUUUAUGAAUCACAAAUGUAUGCUGGAAAAAUAAUUUUGAAUAUUUAUAGGCUUUACUAUGCUGUCUCACCCUAUGACAUCUGGCAUUUCUGUACAUUUUGGUAAUUCUCGCCUGCCACAGACCACUGACGCUGCCUGACUUGGUACCGCGAAUGUGUAGCUCUAGUUUGGAGUGUUUAUUCUUCUUGCUUUAAAUUCACGCUGAUUGGAGUCUGAAGUGCUCGAGACAGAGCUGGGAGAUGCGGUUAAAAGUCUUUAUGUGAACUGAGCUGGCAGGUCACUUGGGGGAAUGAAUCCUGGUUUUGAAAAUUGAGACAAAUGAGGAUCUUUUAAGUUGCCUUGUAAUUGUAUAUCCUGACUGAUUAAAUGGUGGUGGUGUUUCAUUGUCUAUUAUGCUCUGAAAAUCCUGUCAAGCAUGCACUAAUCCAGCAGCGAGGAUCUGACGCUACUUACAGGGAGCUGGUUACUCACGAUUCAUUAAAGGACUGUUUCUGCCGUG